AAUGUUCUCUAUAACUUUUAUCAUUCUAAUUUUUCCAUUCAUGAUUACUAAAGCGGCCAAAUUUGACAUUUUUGUGAAAUCCUUACGCUGUUAUGACAUCAAUCCAAAAGCUUUUGAAAAUGCAUCCUGCAUUUUGAAGGUUACAAGAGAUACACCAACUGGUUUAACCAAAUUAAAAGCUGACGCUUUGGGUGUUUCUGACAUUUAUUUAGAAUUUUCAAUGUUCUAUCGGUACACUGGAGGGUUUAAGCCAUACUUGCUCAGUUACUCUAUAGAUGCUUGUGAUCUUGUGAAACACACAACUACGAUAAUUAACCAUGAGUUUAUUCGACGCUUUGUUUUUGCCUUUAAAAGUGAUUUUGGUGAAAUCUUCAAAGGAUGUCCUUACAAUGGGCAUCUGGAAUCUAGCUGGAUGGAUGGAAAUGCAUCAUUUUCCUCAGUUUUGCCUCCUGUUAUUCCGCAAGGACGAUACAAGUUUAUCAUUCGUUUAAGUUGGCUCAAGCAAAAUGAAACAAUUUGUAUUAUUGAAUUUCAAUCAGAAGUGAAGCCUAGAAAAGAAUUUCGAGAUAUGGACUUCUCAAUGCUUAAUAUGGGGUAGUUGGAGGUGCAUUACGAG